GUCCCUGCUGCAGUUUUCAGAAGCAGGUGUAUAAGAAGUUUGGGUCAUCAUAUGGAGUUGGGCCUCGAGACUAUUGGGCUAAUCUGACUAAUUUCAACUCACAAGGAAAGCAAUUAAACUGGAUUCUUGUCAAUUAUAGACCGCAUGUUUGUUUGAACGUAAUUCAAUCUGUUGGAUAUGGGGAAGGCGUUUUUGUAUACCAUGGGAAUUACGAACUUGACUACCCAAUGGCAAUUCCUCUCAGAAAUGCUUACGAGUAUUAUGUUAUACCCGACGAGGGCGCCCUCGAACAUUUCCUAUCCUAUGAUUGGCUGAAGGAAAGAUUGAUAUGCCGAGAUCAACCAUGGAUUUGCGAAGAGGAAACUUUCAGUGGCAGUGAGCCGCAUGAUCAAACUGAGUUUAGACGGAAACUGAAAAACCACGAAGUGCAGAUACCGAUUAGACGUCAUAAUUGCUCUUCUUUCAGCAGAAGCUGAAAUCAUUUUCAUAAAUCGUGACCUACUUUUUCAUCAUAAUUUUGAAC